AUGUAUACGGCGGUGGUUGUCGGGUGGCGGGAGACAUCAACGCAUGUCGCGGGAUCUCGGGGAGGCGUCGCGCCGCCGCUGCGUUCGGGGGGCACUGGGCCCUGCGCUCCCGGCUCGCCCCCUGCCCCCUGCCCCCCUGCCCCCCUCGCGCCCUCGUCUCUACGACCCCCGCCCGCGCGCCCGCCCCCACGCGCGCUUCGGGGUGGCUCGGACGCGCCGGAAAAUGCGUGCCAGUUUUCCCGUCUGCAAUUGCCGAUUGUCCGUAUUGAUUAUGACGUCUUAAUUUAUAUUGAUGUUGUAGUGAAAAGGAAAGAAAAUGUAGAUGAAAUAUUGUUUCGAUGUGCGGCAACUCUUUGUCGUUACAUAAUAUCUUAG